CUCUACUGCGCUAAUUCACCACUAUGGCAUUCUUUUUUGACCAAUCGUUGGAUUUGGUUAAAAAAAUAAGCGUGGAGACAGAAAGAGAUUUUAUUUUCAACACAAGCAUGGUCCAGUUGACAGAUGUAACCAGCAAGCAUUCGUUGUCUCCUGAGCUCGAAAGGACUCGGCAUGCUGAGGGGCAAAGGAAACGGAAGAGGACGAUUUUCAGCCGCGCGCAGUUGUCGGAGCUGGAGCACGCUUUCAUGAUCACGCCGUAUCCAGACAUCACUCUGCGCGAGCGCCUGGCUGCACUCACGCUGCUUCCAGAAAGCAAAAUCCAGGUGUGGUUCCAAAACAGACGAGCUCGCAGUAUGAAAAGCAAGAAGUCGAGCACAGCAGUUAGGAGGAGUCCAGGCAGGGAAGCGAGCUCUCACUCUAUAACCAAUCUUGAUUCAAACCCGGAACAAAUGUAUGGUGUUCCAGAACACAGAGACAGGCCAGAGGCCUGCAGAGGCCACCAGCAAAGCCUUAGACCAGCUCUCAGUCCCUGGUCUCAGAAUCUUCCGCAUCCAACGCCACCCACACCAGCCAUUUCUCCAGAGCUGCCCGGAGGUCUCCAGUGGGGCAGCAGACAGUCUGAAACCCCUGGAGCUUCAUCUUUCUCCAGCUGCCCAUCCGACAGGUUGGCUCACUAUCCAUUCCAAAGCCAGUCCAGCGGUCACUGGCAGAUCAACUGCUUUUCAGCUCACCCUGAAGGCUUCUCCGGGCAUCAGCUGAAAUCUUAUUGUGCUGCCAAUCAGGCCAUGUAUUCUUCCAUGUCUGUGGACCAAGCGAUGCCUGCACAUCAAACCAGUUUGGAGGAAGCGCUGCAAAGACAGGUUCUGACACACUACCCUCAGACCUCACUGGGAGACAUCUCCGACCUCAUAUAUAAAGCAGCUGUAGUCACCAAUCUGGAAGACUGCUAGUACA